AAUACAAAUCCACUUCCUUUUUCUUGUUUUGUAUUUCAACACAGGUAGCAAAUUUUAUCAUGUAUAAUUAUAUCGUCGAAUCCUAUUAAAAUUAACGUUAAUCAAUUGUUUUAAAAUGCAAUAGUUAAUAAGAAUUGUUGAUUAUGUAAUGUUCCCAUGCAUCUUACUCUUAUAGGAGGCUUAACUUUUAAUAAACUCUCCCUUAAAUGUUUUACUAUCGGUAACUGGAAUUAGGAGUUUAGUGUGACAGAUUUUGUUUUGGGACAAACAAAUCGUCUAAAACAUUAAAUUCGUGUCUUUUUAGUAGUGAAGGAAUUUAAAUUCACAGCAAAACAUUAUUAAAUGACAUCCCUAGAAAUAUGAUUACAAUUUUCAAGCCAAGUCAUAAAGAUUAAGUGUAAAUAGUUCUGAUUACACUGAUCCAUUUCUAGUCUCUAAAGCCACACUUAAAAAUUCAAAGGCCUAACAAUGGUUAGUUUAGUAGGUACUAGUUUAUUAUUUCAGUUAGGGUCCAUAGUACAGUGAAAACAAAAUUGCAGCGCCAUGUCGUUGAAAUUAAGCUAUUCAUUCACAAUCUGUCUGUGAUAGGUGGCAUCACACUGGUCCCUGUCGUGCCAUUAUAUCUCAUCCAUGGUCCAUGUAGAUUUAAUUUAGUAUUUUAGUCCUCUUCCUCAUACAUGAAAAAUAUGAGGGCAAUCAUGUCUUAAAAUCCUAAUCCUGUCAUCUUGCCUAGCAACACACAAUAUUGGUUUAUUCAUCUCUUCUCUGUGCAAGUCCAAUAAUUACUUACAGGUCUGCAUGAAUUAUGUGAUUUUGCCUGUUACCCUGUUAUGGUUUCAAUAAGUCUAAAAAAGUUUUGUUUAAACCAAUAAACCAUAAGAAAUCACUAAAAUCUUAGCUUAUGGGUCUACAAAUUUGCAAUUAUAAUUAUAUCAUGCUCUACUUUUUUUAACAGAUCACCAAGAAUGGCGAUCAGACCCUUAAUCAAGCCUAACAUUGUGAAGAAAAGGGCCAAAAAGUUCAUCCGUCAUCAAUCAGACAGAUAUGGAAAAGUCAAGGUAAAACUAACAUCAAUACCGAUAACCUGUUCAUUGCUAUGAAAAAUAAACAUUUUUAAAAUUGAAAGCUUUUUUUUUUUGUAGGCAUUAACUAGAUAUUUGUAAAGUUUACUGUUACUGAUGAGCAAAGUUUUUUUGUUUGUAUAGGCUAACUGGCGUAGACCCAAGGGUAUUGACAACAGAGUAAGGAGGAGGUUCAAGGGUCAAUACAAGAUGCCCAACAUUGGUUAUGGUACCUGGAAAAAGUGCAAGCACAUCUGCCCUGAUGGGUUCAAGAAAUUUUUGGUACACAAUGUCAGGGUAUGUAAAUCUUUUUUUUACACAUUCUAUAAGCUGAAAGCAGGUGCAAAAUUAAACUUAACCACUUCAUUACUGCAGGGUUUUGGGGCAUAGAUUUUUGCUGACUCAGCAACAAAAGCUUGAACGAUGAAAUUUUAGGUAUAUUUCAUUCUCUAUCCCAUUUGCUUUUUUUUAAAGUUCUCUAUAGUUAACGAAUAAGGAAAUAUAUAGCAUUGAAAUUUGACAAUAUGACGUCCUUGGUAAUUUUAAGUGGGUGACAGUGACGUCGCAUCGACGUCAUCGGUAAUGAAGUGUUUAAUAACUUUCACUUGGUGGCUGUAUAAUGCAAUGGUAGUACAUCGGCCUCAUAACCUAGUACAAAAGCCAGGUGUCUCAGUGAACGUUCAGUGUGCAUCUCUCAGUAUCAAUUAUAAAAGUGUGCAGAAAAAGUAUACUUAAAGUCUCUUAGUGUAUGUUUGUUGCUGAUAGAGGCUAAAUCAGAAAGUUUGAACAUUGACUGGAUUAUUUUGUUCUUAGAGCAUAUGAGCUGGUAUGAGUUUAAGAAAGUUUUGAACAUUGACUGGAUUAUUUUGUUCUUAGAGCAUAUGAGCUGGUAUGAGUUUAAAAAGUUACUGGAUCCAAUUUCCCAUUAAAAACGUUACAUAAAACUUGACAUCCGUUUUUUUUCAGGAGUUGGAAGUAUUGCUGAUGCAGAACCGUACAUUUUCAGCUGAGAUCGCACAUAAUGUCUCCAGCAAGAAGCGUAAAGACAUUGUUGAACGUGCCCAACAGUUGGCCAUCAAAGUGACAAAUCCUAAUGCCCGCCUCAGAUCCAAGGAGGAUGAAUAAGCUGUGUCUUGUUAAUUUGUGUAAUAAAUUAUAAAACUAAAUUUAAAGUUUUAAGCAUUUUCAUUUUUUUUUAAAUUGUUGUAUAUACCGGUACUGGUACUUAGAUUUGUCAAGUUAAAUCAUGCAUUAUUUACACUGUAAACUCUUGAGACCAAGGGCCUCAUAGUGUCAAUGUAAUUUCAGAGAAGGGGAGGGGGGUUGUCAGUAUUAUUUCAGAAAAUUGGGGUGAGUGCAGGCUGCUUUGUCUUAAAGAUCUUAUACAGUAGCUAAGAGAAACAAAAGAACAAGACACAUAAAUUGAACAAGCAACCAAUUAUAUGGGAUUUAGUAAUAAGCAAGUAAGGAAAAAUAUUAAAGGAUGAAGAAAUAGUGUCAGUAACUUUUUAUCACUAAUUAUUACUGGUAUCUUUUAAGACCCAAAGUGAGUCCAGUAGGGAAUAAAUCUCACUCAUG